CAGUUGCCCAUUAAUGCUGCCUAUGCACUAAAUGCACAGGAAGCUCAAGGACAACGAUUUCCAAGGGUUCGUGUGAAUGUCACUCAAGCAUGGGAAGCAGGGCAUGCGUAUACAGCAUUAUCACGAGCAACUUGUCUGUCGGGGUUGGAAAUAGUCCCAUUCGGACGAAGCAAGGUGAUCUUGCUCGAUGAUUGUCAAAGUGCCUGGCUGAACAACUUCUCAAGAUUAUUGCCGACAAGGAGGUAUUGA